AUGUCCUGCAACACAAAGCAAAGUCCAUUCCCCUUCCUCUCCCUUCCCCCCGAACUCCGCGACCAAAUCUACACAGCCCUUCUCAGCGCCCAACACUCCAUCGACAUCUUCCGCUACCAGAAACGCUUCACCUGCACCAAAUCAUCCGACUCCAAUGACGAGAAUCCUGAAGGCGUGCACAUCCCAGUCUCAAUCUUACGCAUAUGUAAACAAAUCCACGCCGAAGCCACGCCAGUCCUCUACAGCAGCAAUAAGUUCGUCUUCACGUUUCCGAGCGUCUUGACUGGAUUUUUGGAAGGGACGAGGGCUGCGAGAUGGAUGAUGGAUGUUGCGAUUAAUUAUCCUGGUAAUCGAGUUGAGAUACUGGGAUCUUUGAAGGUGUUGGAAAUGGGUGUGGUGAGAUUGGAGAGGUUGGAGUUGGGAGGAGCGAUUGGGAAUUGUUUACUGCUGAGGAGAUUACGGCGGAGUUGGUGGAGUUGUGCGACUUUUUGUUGCCAGGUUCACCGGCUUCACUCCUCAUCAGUUCGCACAGCAUUGCAGUAUUCAGGAAGACGGAUGAGGACCAUCACAAGCAUGAUGGACCGCGAGCAAAAGCACGACAUUAUCACAAUGGGUAACACUCUAUCCACUCCACGGAACUCGACUGUCCAGACCGAAAAGGCCCCCGUAGGCUUCUUCGACCUCUCCCCAGAACUCCGCAAUAAAAUCUACCGUCACGCCCUAGUCCUUCCCGAAUCGAUCCAGCUCGACCGAGCAUACGACAACGAGAAAGGCACCCUCUUCGUCAUUGACGACUACCAAGCAAAACAGCUAUCCCUCCCACUCCUCCGCACAUGCAGACAGAUGCACCAAGAAGCGACCUCGAUCUUCUACGGCGAAAACAUCUUCCAAUUCCACCAUGCUUCCUGGAUGACCAUCUUCCUUCCAAAGCAGAUCAAGCACUCCAUCCAACACCUCCGAUAUGUUGAGAUCAUCAAUCUCAACGACGACUUGCGGACGAUUACUCGAUAUCUCAGUCCUGCGAAGAACUUGAUCACUCUGGCGCUGCCGUACGAUAUGGUUGAAGAUCUGUUUCUUGUUGAAGAAGAUGAUGAAGAGGACGAGGAGAUCGAGAUCGAUCUUGAUGACAGCGAGGAGGACGAUGAUAGGGAAAUCGACCUUGAUCAGGAAUCCUUGACACCCAUCGCUUUCCACAUCGCGGAGCAACUCGAACCCUUCGCGCAAGCACUUUUCGAGACCCAGAAAGACGACCUGAAAGUUCUGAGCGUCUUCAAAUUCCGCUAUUGGGACUUGCUGAGUACUUCGUUGUACCAGACACAGCCUGCUCUGGCGCUUCAAGCUGCGGUUAGGGAAUGCUUGCAAAGCAUGCUCUCCGAAAACGAUGACGGUCCAGCUUGUUGUACGGAAGUCUGA